AUGCUGCCUUCGUUGCGGCGGAGCGUGCAGGCGGCCGUGCGGCCGGCGCGCGUGCGGUUUGCGCCGUCGCCGACGGGGUACUUGCACGUUGGUGGUCUGCGCACGGCACUGUUUAAUUACCUGCUUGCGCGGAGCACGGGGGGCGUGUUUGUCUUGCGCAUCGAAGACACCGACCAGACGCGCCUCGUGCCUGGCGCCGCCGACGCGCUGCAGCGCGCGCUCGACUGGACGGGCCUGUACUGCGAUGAAGGGCCGAGUCAGGGCGGCGCGUACGGGCCGUACGUGCAGUCGGAGCGCCUCGCCAUCUACCGCAGCUACGCCGAGCGCCUGGUGCGCACGGAAAAAGCCUACCGCGACUUUCGGCCGCCAGCCGCGCGCGACGUUGCGGCGCGCACGUCGGCGCUGCUGCGUGAGGCGUACCUGCCUCCAGGCGAGGACGAGGCGCAGGAGCGUAUGGCCAACGGCGAGUCGCACGUCGUCCGCCUCAGAAUGGACCCUUCGCGCACCUUUUCGUAUACAGACGGCGUCUAUGGCCCUAUGUCCUUCCGCCCCGAUGCAAUGGGCGGCGUGAGCGACGAUCCGAUCAUUAUGAAGAGCGACGGGUGGCCCACGUACCACCUCGCGAGCGUUGUCGACGAUACCGAGAUGGCCAUCACGCACGUCCUCCGCGGCGAGGAGUGGCUGCCGUCCAUGCCCAAGCACCUCGCGCUGUACGAGGCGAUCGAGGCGCCGCCGCCGACGUUUGUGCACCUGCCGCUGCUCAUCAAUGCGGACGGCAGCAAGCUCUCGAAGCGUUCGGGCGACGUGCGUGUCGAGGACUACGAAAAGCGCGGCUUUGAGCCAGAAGCGCUUGUGAACCUCGUCGCGCUCACCGGGUACAACCACCAAGGCGAGUCAGAGGAGUCGGACGUGAUGGGCCUCGCGCAGCUCGUGCGCCAGUUUGACCUUGGGCGCAUCUCGCACUCGCGCGCGACGCUGCCGACGGACAAGCUGCCGUUUCUGAACCGUCGGCACCUCGCCGCCAAGAUGCAGGAGCCUGCGCGGCACGACGAGAACCUCGCGCGCCUGCGCCCCCUCUUUGCCGAGAUCGGCGCAGGAGAGGCGAGUGCCGAUGCACUGCUGCAGGCUGCGCUGCUGGGCUGCCAGCGCGUGGACACGAUCGACGAGCUCCCCCAGAGCGUCGCUUACCUCUUUCGCGAGCCGCAGUGGGCCGACGAAGGCUGCCGGGCGUUCCGUGCGUCGGUGCCGACUGCAUCGUUUGACGCCGUGCUGCAUGGCGCCCAGGCGCUUUUUUCGGGUAUCAGUGUAUGGGACAAAACCACGCUGCAUGCCGCGCUGCAGCGCUGGAUGAAGGAGCAGGUCGCGGCCAAGCUUGGUGGCGGCCGUGCCGCCGUCCAGAAAAGCCUGCGCAUUGCGCUCAGUGGCCAAAAGGCCGGCCCGCCCGUCGCGGAUAUCGCGCACCUGCUCGGCAAAGAGCGUACGCUUGCGCGUCUCGUGGCUGCUGCCGCAUGGGACGCAGCGCACCGCUGA